AUGUUCUACAACCCGAUACCGGGACGGACAAUGUGGUUGAUGGUGGACAUCGGGAGUUUGCCCGCGGACCGCCUCUCCGAGCUUGCGUUCUUCUUUGGAGGUGUUGGACUAGAUGACCCGACCGAGCGCAUCGAGAUCCAAGCUACCCUGGUAUGCACGUACUCCAGUGUGAUCAUGCCUAGGGAAUGGCACGGGUCGGGUAUGGGCAAAUGGAGCAUGCCCUUACCCGACCUGCGACGUACCCUGGCCCUCGUCCGCGGGCACGGGUUUGGACGAGCACGAGAAGAGAGUGGAUGGCGCAUCGCGCGCUCGCGCCGGCAGCCGCGUGCUCUCGAUCUCUUUGAAGCGAACGUGCCCGUGUUAAUAGAAGAUCAGGAAGCCGGGUAUACUACUACAAUGCAUCACGCAUGGAACGGUCGUGACGAUGCUGUUGCACGCCGAUGUGGUGCCAACUCUGGCGUAGAGUCGGUGGCAGGGGUGACGAGGGAGCGAUCUCGCGUGACCGCGAGGCUCGGGAAAUCGAGUGAGGUGAAAAAGAAGCAAGAUACGACGCCCUGCGUGGAGGCCGAACGCGGGGCGCGCGAAGUGGACGAGGACGGGAGAAUAGACGCGGGAAAGAAGAGGUCGCGCACACGGGCAGGCGAGAUGAUGAAGGAUGCGCGCGAGGGCGAGAGUCAGGACGGGGUCGUGGGCGUGGGCGUGGGAGAGGUCAAGGUGUAUCAAGAAGAAGUCGACGGGAAGCUGGAUGAGCACACCGCACACGCGAGAAUAGAAAGUUGA